UUUAAAUUGAUUCGUUUGAUUUCCCUGAGUAAAUCGAAUAAUUAAUCGAUCAUUCUCUCUCUCUCUCUCUCUCUCCCAAUCUGCUUCACUCGCCAAACCUCUUUUCUUCGCCGGAACCCUAGGUCCGCCCCAUCAGCUUGAAUUUUCCGUAGAUGAACGUGCGAUUAGGGAACAUCUGAGGUCGGUUUUCGUCGCCGAAUGGAGGGAGGAAUAGCCCCAUGGAUUAUGAUGACAGUGACUUUCAAAACCAGAAUCUCCAUUUAGCUGGUGAAGCUAACACUAAGUUUCCUCCGGUGUCUCUUCCAAGGUUUGAUUUUGACGAGCAUCUGAGGUUUGAUAGUUUAGUCGAAACUGAGGCUUUUCUUGGUAUUGAGGGUAACGAAGAUAGUAACUGGAUUGAGGAUUUCUCUCGUGCAAGUAGUGGUGUAGUCUUUAGCUCAGCUGCAACAGAGUCUUGUGCCAUUUCUAGGCAUACUAAUGUUUGGUCUGAGGCUACUUCCUCAGAAUCCGUUGAAAUGCUUUUGAAUUCAGUUGGACAGGACGACCAAGUCAUUGUAAGAGAGAAAGAUAAUUCUAUCAGGAAAUCUGGUGAGCUAGGCUGCACAAUGGAUCAAUUCGAGCCUGGCCUUGAGACUAUUCUUUCCAAAGAGGAAACUCCCACCAACCCUUCUGUGGAUGAUACUCCAGGAGACUCCUGCAAGACAGAUGCUGCACAGGAACAGGUCCCGCUGAAAGAUGACUCACCAACUCUUGUGGAGGAGGAGCCGGAAGAUAAUGCCAUUUUGGCUUCAAAUACAGCCGCUGUGCCUGUAGAGGUUGUGGAUACUGCUUGUCAUGAUAAGAUAGGGACUGAGACAACCCAUAGUCUUCUUGACCAAACCGUUGCGGAAAAUAAUGCAGUUUUAGCUCAUGUGAGUUCUGCUGGUCUUGAUUCGGUAGGAACUGAGACGACUGACAGUGUUCAUAACCAAACCCUUACGGAAGAGGCAUCCAUGGAGGAAAACAGUGUCGUUUUACCUUCAGAUACCGGGACUGUAGAGGCUGUGGAUACUGGUGGUCAUGCCAAUAUAAGAACUGAGACUACUGAUAGUCUUCUUGACCAAACAGAAGACGAAGCCAACACAGAAUCAAGGAUGGAAAUCGAUUGUAGCCACGGAACUGUACAGACUGGGGUUUCUGCUAGUGGUGAGUUGAAUAAUCAUAAUCAGACCACUUUGCUUCCAGAGGUUUUCAAUGAUGAAAAUGAUAUCAGCGACCACACUGCUAAGUCUGAUCUGAAGGAUAUGGAGCUAUCCGAUGUCACGGUACUAGAAAGAGGGGACCAAGCUCUCUCUGCUCUUGAGGUAGCUGAACCAGACGUUUCAGGGACCCAAUGCCAAGAUCUUCCUGUCAGCAGUGCCAAUACCAGCGGAACAGUUGAAGCAUCUUUGGAACUCACUGGGGUAUUACCAAAUAUAACAAGCAGUGAACAUGAAUCUACUUUUCAGACUCAGACACAUACAGAGAUACCUCGAGUUGAGACUUCAGAAAGUGUUCAUGUUUCACUAAUGGACUCAAUGGUUGAAUCCACAUAUGGUGAUGUGUCUACGAAGGGUGACAAUAAGAAAGGUAGUGCUCGCAUAUCUUAUCUCAAACAAAGCAUGGAAUUAGCUGUCAAUGCCAAUGAUAGAGAUCAGGAUGCCAAGAGCUCUCAAGUCUUGUCUGAAAGCUUUGUAUCCGAGUCUGUUGGUUAUGUUUCAAUAGACUCUGCAUCCAAGCUGGUGGAGUCAAAUUCUCAGUCUGACACCAUUCCAAAAGAAAAUCCAGGAACUAUGAUUGACAUUAAAGAAUGUGAAGCAUUUCCUCUCAAACCUGAAGAAUCGCAACAUCUAAGCCAAGAUGGAGCACCUGCUGUCAGUCUUACAUCUUCAGUAGAUUUACAUAUGGUGACUACAUCAUCUGAGGCUAAUGAGCAAGUCAAUUUCUCUGUAACCGAGAAGGUUUUAUCUGGCGAACCUGAAAAUUGUCAAACUGUUCCACCCGUGGAAGCAAGUAAUUCAGGGAGUUUUAUUGUACAACAACCUAGGAAGCAGACUGAAGAUACUCACCACUCUCCUGCCUCUGAAGGGCCAAAGGAUGCAGUAGAUGCUGAUGCCGCUGGACAAGUUUUGCCUCAGCAGUGUGAGGGAAGAAUUUUAGAAGAAAAUCUAACAGACGUUGUAAACGUCCCUGAGUUUCAGCCAGUUCUGGACAACGAUGCCAUAAAUGAAAACCCUAGCGCUAGCCCCUUGGCUAAGACUGCUGCCGGUGGGAUUAUGACAGCUGCGACUCCUGUUUCACACCCCACAGGUGGUGUAAUUGAAGUAGGAGUGUCCUGUGCUUCUACAAGUUCUGAGCCUUUUGUAAAGUCCCAUGUUACUGGAACUGAAAACGCUGCUACAGAUUUAGGGUCUCAUGUCAUUUCUUCCCCAGCUCGUAAGAUGACCGAACUACAACUUAAUAAGACAGAGGAUCAGAAUACUUUGAGUUUGAUGGCUACCGAAUCUCCGGCCUUGGAUAGAAACCCAACCUCCAGCAGUGGGCUGAACUUGACUUCCGAUCCAAGGAAAGCAGUGGAAAUUUCCGAAACUACCCUUGUCUCUCCGAUGGUUGUGGGAUCUCCGUCGAAAUCUAGCUUAGAGAAAACAGCUGCGAAGUCUUCGAAAACAAAAUCUGAGCGUAAACCCAGGCGAACACCUAAAUCUGCAGGAAAAGAGACUUCUAGAAAAGGAAAUAGUGUAAAGGGGGCUGCACCUUUUGAACAUUUUCAAAGUGCAGGCAAAGCAAAUGCUGUUAAUCAGAGUAGUGGUUCUUCUAUUCAAAUCACACACUCUACUGAGAAACAGCAAAGUCUUCAGACUCCUGUUCUUAAUUCGUUUGGUACCCUUUCAGCCCCCACGACUAGUCUACCGGAUAUGAAUUCUACUGCUCCCUCAAGCAUUUUUCGUCGACCUUUCACUGACUCGCAACAAGUGCAACUACGCGCACAGAUUUUUGUUUAUGGUGGUCUGAUCCAAGGGACAGCACCCGAUGAAGCUUAUAUGAUAUCUGCAUUUGGUGGUGCAGAUGGUGGGAGAGGCACUUGGGAGAAAGCAUGGCGUGCUUGUGCUGUGAGGGCUCAGAGAAUGCGUGUUUCUAGUCCUGAAACGCCAUUGCAAUCACGUGCAGGGAAGACAGAGACCCCGUCAAUGAGUCACACCAGUAGCAAAGUGAGUUCAGCGACGAAACCCAUAAUUCCACUCUCAUCACCUUUAUGGAGUUUGUCAACUCCCCUCGAAACUUUACAAUCAAGAAGCAUUCAGAGAGGUUCAGCUGCUGCACCACUGCCUUCUUCAUCACAUGCUCAUCAAGCUGCAUCAGUUACGAAUAUUGGACAUAAUACGGCUUGGAUGUCCCCUCUCCCUUACCCCAACCCGUGGCUUGCUUCUCCGCAGACCAGUGGGUUCGAUGUUGGUUCUCGUUACCCCGCUUUCCCGAUCACGGAAUCUGUAAAAUUGACACCCACAAAAGAAUCGUCCUUGCCUUACUCCGGCGGUAAGCAUGUUCUGAGUGGAACUUCUGGCAAUGUUUUCAAAGGGACACAAACACUUGAGCCAGCAAAUACAGUUGUAGCACCUGCUCAACACUCCAGUGGGACGAAAUCAAGGAAACGGAAGAAAAUGCCAGUCUCUGUGGAGUCUGAUCCAAGCAUUUUGAAUUCGCUACAGCAGACAGAAGUAGUUGUCUCACCUCUUGUUUCUAUAUCAACACCUGUACCUAUUACAGCUGCUCCGGGUAGUCUGUCUUCUAACACAGGCACACUGGCCAGUGUUGAUUCCAUCUCUGCAGUCCCUUUGAACCUGGUAUCUACGUUCCCUGGGAAGAAAAUGAAAUCAUCUUUGCAAUCCCCAAUUUUUGGUGGUAACCUUGUAUCUGAAGUUAAGCAGAGAUCUGUGCUGCCGGCAGAUACCAUUGAUAAGCUUAAUGAGGCUAAGAUGCAUGCAGAGGACGCUUCUGCUCUCGCUACUGCAGCCGUUAGUCACAGCGAAUACGUAUGGAAGCAGAUAGAGCAACAGAGGCAUGCUGGCCUCCAGCCAGAAACUCAAGGCAGAUUAGCUUCCGCUGCUGUUGCCAUAGCUGCUGCCGCUGCAGUGGCAAAGGCUGCAGCUGCCGCCGCCAAUGUCGCAGCUAAUGCGGCGUUUCAGGCAAAAUUAAUGGCUGAAGAAGCAUCCCUUCCUAGUGUUUCUUAUCAGGGUAAUGAUCUCCACAAGUCAAAUGAUGUACUAACUCAAGGCCAGGGUACCCCUGCUUCUGUCUUGAAGGGUGAAGGUGCAGUGGUCAGCUCCAGUCCGUUCCUUAGUGCUGCCAGAGAGGCGGCUAAGAAGAGGGUCGAGGCUGCCACAGCGGCCACCAAACGAGCUGAAAAUGUGGAGUCUAUUGUUAAGGCAGCAGAACUGGCAUCAGAGGCGGUUUCACAAGCUGGAAUACUUGUUUCAAUGGGCCAUCCUCCGUCGCUCAAUAAGCUGGUGGAGGUGGGUCCAACUAAUUAUUGGAGGCAGGCUCAAGAAUCUGAGAAAGUGCAGCCUUGUAAAGUGGGUGUAUUAGAAAAAGAAACUGAGACUACUAGUGAUAGAGGUUUUGCUAGUCCCAGCACUGCGCAUACUGAGUUGGAUGGCUCCGUGAGAGCAGCUGAUGGUCUAGGUCUAGGUCUAGUUUCUGCCACUGGAAAGAAAACAAAUGGACAGAAAGGUCAUAUAAGUGCAGACGUGGCUAAACACACUGCUGUAGUUUUCGAGCCAGAAGUUGGGUCAAAAUCUUCGAUUGACACCCAGACUGAAAGUGAGCAGAUUAUGAAAAAAACAAACGACGAGUGCAUCAAGGAAGGUUCUCAUGUAGAGGUUUUCAAGGAAGGACCUGAAUUAAGAACCGCAUGGUACUCUGCCAAUGUAUUGAGCUUAGAGGAUGGGAAAGCUUAUGUGUUGUUCAGUGACCUUUCUGUAGAACAAGGAACAGAUAAGCUGAAGGAGUGGGUAGCCCUCAAAGGUGAAGGUGAUGAGGCCCCGAAAAUAAGAACUGCUCGUUCUAUUACUGCCCUGCCAUAUGAAGGAACCAGGAAGAGGCGUAGAGCUGCCAUUGGGGAUCCUGUUUGGAAAAUUGGAGAUAGGGUAGACUCGUGGGUUCAUGACAGUUGGUUGGAGGGUGUUAUCACGGAGAAGAACAAAAAUGAUGAAAAUACAGUGACUGUGCAUUUUCCAGCACAAGGAGAGACUUUGACUAUCAAAGCUUGGAAUCUUCGUCCUUCUCUUGUAUGGAAAUAUGGAAGGUGGAUUGAAUGUUCUACUUCAGGAGAAAACAUCUGCUCGUCACAUGAGGGUGAUACUCCAAAGGAGAAGCGUCCUAGACUAGGAGCUCCAUCUCCUGUGGCUGAAGGAAAAGACACGAAAAUGGAAACUGUAGUUGAUCCGGAUUUAGGUAAACCGCCUCAGACUGGUGUUCUCGACCUCGGUGUUUCAGAGACUACAUUUAACAUCGGGAGAAAGGAGGGCAAUCCUGGUCCACUCCGAAUGAAGAGAACCGGUUUGCAAACGCAGGGAGCAAAAGUGAUCUAUGGUGUCCCUAAACCUGGAAAGACAAGGAAGUUCAUGGACGUGAGCAAACACUACAUUUCAGAGGCGAGCAAUCAAACUCGGAAACAGAAGGAACCAGCUAAGGCUGUGAAACCAAUUGUGCCCCAAAAUCCAGGACCAGGGAGCUGGAGAUUGCCUUCUAAACCGAGAGAAAAACAGACAACAACAACAACGAAGCCCAAGACUUUCAAACCUGCGCCCAAGACCAAAGAGAAGCCGGUUGCUGCACCUAGGAUAAUUCCCCGCAAGGACUCUCGUAGUACAACAUCCUCAAAUAUGGAAUCUGAAGAUGCCGUUGGUCAGAGUGGAGAGAACAAAGGUCCUGCAUCAACUUCCAGGGAUCCAGCCAAGGGAACAGGGGAAGAGCAAAUCACAUCAUCUUCACAACAAGGCCAAGAUAGUUCCUCCUCGACCACUACUGGGAAAGGGAAAGUGGCUCCUACUGGGUUACCCAAGAUUGAAGAGGCCAAGGCGUUGGAUGAUAAUUCUUCAAAAGCAUCAGAUGGAAUGGAACCACGUAGAUCUGUCCGCAGGAUUCAGCCAACUUCUAGACUACUUGAAGGUCUGCAAACAUCGAUGAUGCCCUCAAAGAUUCCUUCCAUGUCACACAGCAGAAGUCACCAAAGUCAAAGGAAACAGUAACUCUAGAGGCAAGUAGGUAAUGGAAGGAGCAAAAGCUAAGAAGAAGAAAGAGGCAGUCUCUGCUGCUGUUAGGUUGUCCUAAAUUUAAUAUCGAGCUCUGAGAAAAAUACUUUCGUUGUUGGUUAGGGGAGAGAUGAUAUGUUAUUGUAGGUGUGUGCUUAUGAUUUUUAAGUUAGAUUCUACCUCAGUCUGUGUGACUCAGAGAGGUAAGACAGCUGUUGUUUGUAUAAAACAACUGUUUAUUAUUGCCAAGUACCAUCAUCUUCCCUGACUA